AAAUUUUUUUUUCUCUUCUCGCCUCCGGUUUUUUUCCCCCCCCUCUCCCCCCAGCAGAGCCUCCACAGACAUGGCCUCCGACGGCAUGGACGAGCGGUCGCCGCUGUUGUCAGCUCCAAACUCGGCCGAACUACCUCCUCCUUACACAGCCAUUGCCAGUCCGGACGCCGGUGGCGUGCCCAUCAUCAACUGCCGCGUGUGCCAGUCGCUCAUCAACCUGGAUGGCAAGCUGCACCAGCAUGUGGUGAAAUGCACUGUCUGCAAUGAAGCUACGCCCAUCAAGAACCCUCCCACAGGGAAGAAGUAUGUGAGGUGUCCCUGUAACUGCCUGCUCAUCUGUAAAGACACGUCCAGGAGGAUAGGAUGUCCUCGACCCAACUGCAGACGCAUCAUCAACCUGAGCCCGGUGAUGGUGAUUCCAGAGGAGCAGCCCGCUCAGCCAGCCCUGCCCAUCCAGCCGGAGGGAAUGAGGGUGGUCUGCGGUCAUUGUGGCAACACGUUUCUAUGGAUGGAGCUCCGCUUUAACACGCUAGCCAAAUGCCCCCACUGCAAAAAAAUAUCGUCUGUUGGCAGUGCGCUACCCAGGAGGCGCUGUUGCGCUUACAUCACUGUAGGAAUGAUCUGCAUUUUCAUCGGAGUAGGUUUAACAGUGGGUACUCGAGACUUUGCAAGCCGUUACAAUGCCACUUAUGUGUCCUGGGCCUUUGCCUACCUGCUGGGACUCAUCUGUCUGAUACGAGCCUGCUACUGGGGUGCCAUCAAAGUCAGCUACCCAGAGAACAGCUUUGCCUAGGGUGGGCCCGGCCCAGCCUGCCCCCCCCCCUCGGCAUCAGCCUUGCAUGGCUGGAAAAUCAAACCCUCCUUUUAGCUUUUUUCAUCUUGUCUAGAUUUUGAAUUUGCGGCAUGUUCAGCGGAAUUGAACUUUUGCAGAAUGUCAGAGUGGGAAUGAGUCGAGGAGCUCUGAAUGCAUGAGUUUCAUCUAGUUGUGGAGAACAUGUCGAACGUUGUGAUUCUGUCAAGAGUGUUUCAGGAGAUUUGAUUCGCUGAACAGACCCUGUGUUGGUCAAUCCUCCAACCCCCCCCCCCCCCCGGUCCAUGAGGAAUCAAAAUCUUGUUCGUAUUUUGCGGAAAUCCUCUAAAAUUUAGAAACAAUUGUUAUAUAAACUGGUCCAGUAAGUCAUUAAAAGUGAUAUUUCUUAAUGUGAUACUGUAAAUGAUUGCCGUAAAAUCGCCAUAGAUCCAGCUAUUGUUUUAAAGAUGAACAACAAAGCCGACCGGUUAUGUUUGGUCUCUCUUGGACCACAUCCUUUCAGCAGGCUGAUGGACAUGAUGGUACCCAUUUGACAUCCUUUAUUUUGUAACCAGCCAGACCAAAACGAGACAAACUCCUAAGAACAAUUUGCCCAUUGCACUACGGUUAUAUGCAAUUGUAUGUGUUGUUUUGCUGCUAAUCAAACCCUCGCUACUGGAAGCUGCGUACCCAUACUGUAUCAUAACCAUUUACCUUGCCUGUGUACACUACAUAGUAUUGCUUUAUGAUUUUAAGUCUUGAAAUGAUUAACUUUUAAAAGAAAUCACCUUUAAAUACACACGUGUGCCAAUAUCACUGCCUGGUAUUAGUCGAGACGAGCAUCCGAUCUGUAUAAACGCGCGUCCAUCAAGGUUUUUGUUGCGCCACGCCGCUUUCGGUUCUCCGCAUAGCAAUAAGCCUUUUAUUGCCGUUUCCCCCCCCCUUUUUUUUGGGGUUUUUUUUUUUUGGUUAAACUUCACGUGCCCUACCUCUUUGUUUAUUCACCGCGUUUCCGUUGCCUUCUCACUGGUGGACUGAUCUCAAAAAAUGGGGAAACGUCUGCAUGUUAACUUCCGUCUGAGGCCCCCCCCCCUAUUCGUUUGCCCCAGAAUGGCAAGUUGAAGCUUUGAAACGUUCUUGUCUUGCCCUCAGCGACUUCUAGCUGUGAUUUAGAAUGUAAACCCCCCCUCCUGCGGCUCGUUGUUGGUCUCCGGCCUCCAGUGAACUCUGUGCUAGCAUCGCUAUAGGCUAACGUAGCGUCAUGUCUCUUGACCAAUGGGCACAGUUCAAACUUCUAACCUUGUUCUGAAUGUGGCGAUGAUGAUGAUGACGACGACGACGAUGAUGAUGAAGCAUAAAAUAAUACCUAAUGAAAAACUGUUUGUAUAUAGCUCAAAUUCAGUAGGUGGAAAACUGCAGCGUGAGUUGAAAAGAAAAAAAGAUGGCUCUUGAGCCUUUUUAAGAAAUGAUUAUUUAUCAAUAAAAUGGCAAA